AUGACAAAGACGCCCAUCAGUCGCUCUGCGCCUACACCGCGAGCACGGGACUCUAGCAAAUUCGUGAACUCAAGGAAGUCCCGCCUGGAACCUACGAAACCUGGUCUGGCUCAACGCCUUACUGCCCAGCUCGAUGAACACCGCGACAACAUCCUACAGCAGACCGAGAAUACCCUCAAGGAGACCGAGACUCGCCAGAGGGAUGCUGUUGACGCUCUCCAGGCUCAAUUCAGCGAGAAGCUUCAGUUGUUGGCGAACGUAGAGUCCAAGGUCACCAUCAAUCUGUUCGACGAGAAAGUCAAGGUUCGUGUGAAGGCUGAUAAGGUGGACUCGGACGACAAGCAGAAGAAGUACAGGGAGCAAGAGGUGCUUAUCCGAGAUCGUGCACGGGCAUUCGAGGACUUCGUUCAAGUCAAGAACGAUGAGCUCUGCGACCAUUUGGCCGAAUGGAACGAUGUCCAGCAGAAGAUGAUAAUUCUGGCUGUCAAGAUCUUCGGACUCGAGAACAUACACAUCAACAGCAAGCAUGUCCGCCCAGAGCUCUCUAGCGUACUCGCCCAGGCAAACGCAGUGCAUUUCCAGAACAUGCAAUUUCGACAAGACGAAGAGUCUAACAUCACGGAGCUUGAGCAUGCUAUCAAAGCCCUUUCCAAGGAGACGAACAAGAGCAUCAAUGAGAUCUACAAGGACUUUGAACAAGAACGCAAUAGGAGAUCAGAGCUGGCCAAGAGGGCUCAGGCUCUCGCAGACGAGAUGCUGUAA